AUGGAGGAAUUGCACACUCGCUUUGAUGAACUCUCCAAGAGUCUCACACGAGACUCUCGAUCUAGAUCUCACAACUGGAGUAACCGUGACACCAGGGGAGCAAAUAGUGAAGCCUACUCGGGUAGUGAGGAUGAUGAACGUGCUGAGAGGCCUACGAGGGACACGUCUAAAAACGAACUCAAGGGACUCAAAAUUCAAAUCGUGUCCGAUGAUGACGAUUGUGAGGAGGUGCCCGAAUUGGUCAACAACGACUACCUGGAAGAUGAUUCAGCUGCGGAUGCUUGCUCGCCUACACAAAGAGAAGUAGGUUGCUUGGUGGCACGACGAGUGCUAACCGCCCGAGUUAAGAAGGACGAGCAACUACAAAGAGAGAACCUAUUUUACACUCGUUGUAAGAUCGGUGACAAAGUGUGUAGCCUCAUUAUCGAUGGUGGGAGUUGCACGAAUGUGGCGAGCUUGCUCAUGGUUGAGAGUUUAGAGCUCCCAACUACUCGACAUCCACAUCCUUACCGCCUCCAAUGGCUAAGUGAGGAUGGCGAGGUACGUGUCUUCAAACAGGUAUGCAUUCCCUUCUCCAUUGGUAGUUACACUGAUGAAGUUGUAUGUGACGUAGUGCCUAUGCAUGCUACACAUGUCAUCUUGGGGAGACCUUGGCAAUUUGACAAACACGUCACAUUCGAUGGAAGGGCAAAUAAGUACACCCUUUUGCACGAUGGCAAGCGUAAGGUCCUCACACCACUCACACCUGCACAAGUUUAUGAGAACCAAUUGAAAUUGCAACGGGAGUGUGACAUAGACCGUCAAAAGCGAAAGCCAAAGACGGCCGACCCUGGCAAGAGCUCUGCUUCUACAAAUGAGCAAUCGACCAAGGGUCAAGUGAGCACACCUAGUGUUACGCAUGACAAAUCACCCACUACACCUACCACUAGGAAGCAAAACAUGAUCAUUAAGGCCAAGGACGUGAGAAAAGUUAUGAAUUCUGAUCAGCCUGAUGGUACUUCGCACAUGUGUACUGACUGUAGGGCCGUUAAUGCCACCACUGUGAAAUAUCGUCAUCCUAUUCCUAGAUUAGAUGAUAUGCUUGAUGAACUAGAUGGAUAUGUAGUGAGCUCACAGGGGAUCAAAGUGGACGAGUCCAAGAUUGAAGCCAUCAAGCAAUGGCCAACUCCUGCAUCCGUUCCGGAGGUGCGCAGCUUUCUUGGGUUGGCAGGCUUCUACCAGCAUUUUGUCAAAGACUUUAGCACCAUUGCCACCCCAUUGACUGUCGUGACCAAGAAGAAUGACAAAUUCCAUUGGGGGGAAGCCCAAGAACAAGCAUUUCUUACCCUCAAAAGUAUUGGCAUCGUCCUGAUGCAAGACAAAAGGCCUUGUGCCUUCUUUAGCGAGAAACUGGGAGGAGCUGCCUUAAACUAUCCUACGUACGACAAGGAGUUGUACGCACUGGUAAGGGUCUUGGAGACCUGGCAACACUAUCUUCGCCCUCGGGAGUUGGUGAUACACACCGAUCACGAGUCAUUGAAGUAUCUCAAAGGGCAACCUAAGUUAAGUAAGAGACAUGCCAAAUGGGUAAGUUUCGUUGACACUUUCUCCUAUGUCAUUAAAUACAAAACUGGCAAAACGAAUGUGGUAGCUAAUGCUUUAUCUCGUAGACAUUCUUUGAUUGCUGUUCUUGAUGCCAAGUUGCUAGGGUUUGAGAUACUCAAGGAGAUAUAUACCCAUGACCAUGACUUUGGGGAAAUCUAUGCAUCUUGUAUAAAGAGUCCACAUGGAAAAGAGGCACACAGUGGUGGUCUCAUGGGACACUUUGGCAUUCUUAAGACUCUCGCCAUGUUACAAGAGCACUUUUACUGGCCGCACAUGCGUAGGGAUGUUGAACGCAUGGCUGGUAGAUGUGUCACUUGUCAUAAGGCAAAGUCUAAAACAAAUCCAUAA